UUAUCCGUACAAAUUGGGGAUUACUGGAUUAGGGGUUGAGAGCGAGGCGAAGAGCGUGAAUGAGGGAAUCGGAUGUUCCGCUCCUUCCUCUCCAAAACACACAUACCCACAUAUCCGCCCCCUCCCCUCCUCCUAUCUUUCCUCCUCAUUAUUAAUAUUAUUAAUUAUUAAAUUAUUAUUGCAUAUAUCCCUCGUAACGAACUCUCUCUCCCCCUCCCUCAGGACAGGGUUUCACUUUCACACAACUACCGCUAUUCCUUGGCAACAUCCUAACAGAAUUCUGAUAUUAAAAAAGGACGGAGAGGGAGCAGCUAGGAGAUUAUUAUUAUUAUUAUUGUGAUCAACAUCAGCGCCAAAUUAGAGAGUCCUGCAGGGAGAAAAGUGAAUAAUCAUGAUGAAUGACCUGAUGGGGCUUCUUAGGAUUCACAUCAAGCGUGGUGUGAAUCUGGCGGUUCGUGAUGUGAAUACCAGUGACCCAUACUGCGUGGUUAGGAUGGGGAAGCAGAAACUCAAGACACGUGUCAUAAAAAAGGAUGUUAACCCCGAGUGGGAUGAAGAGCUUACCCUUUCCGUACAAGAUCCCAGCGUUCCGUUCACGCUGACUGUGUAUGACCACGACACGUUCACGAAAGACGACCCCAUGGGGGAUGCAGAGUGUGACAUACACCCCUUCAUAGAAGCAUUGAAGAUGAACACUGAAGGCCUCCCAUCGGGCACCAUAAUCACCCGAAUACAGCCUGGCAGGCAAAACUGCCUUGCUGAGGAGAGCCGUAUUACUCUCGUCGACGGCAAAAUUGUCCAAGACAUUGUCCUUAGAUUGCGACACGUCGAAUGUGGUGAGGUUGAACUCCAGUUGCAAUGGAUAAAUAUUCCUGGAUCUGUCAUGUGACGCCUUUUUUAUUUUUCUUUUUUUUUUUUUUAUCUCAUCACAUGCAUGCAGCAUGCUUUAUUAAUUACUCUAUGCAUAUAUAUACAUACAACUAAACUUG